AUGGCUUCCGAGUUUAUUGGCUACAAUGUGUCUCUGACCUUGAGAGAACCCCCGGGCGGAAAGUUACUCGGCCAGGUUGCCAAUGUAAUCGGACAGCAACUACUACUUCAAAAUGUCACACUCUGGAAUGGCCAGCGCCUGCCUCACUUCACCAUUGACGCUUCUGUCAUCAUCGAUCUUAAUCUGGAAGCGAAUACUUCGGCCCCUUCGCAGCGCCACCAUAUCCCUCAACCUCCAGCCCAGCACCAUGCAGCAGCUCCCAUAGCCCUUGCUCAAGCACCUAUUUCACAGCAACAGUUCAUGGACCCGGCCAUUUUGAGUUUCUCCAAAGGCUCUCGCAUGAAUGCCAACCAAAGCGCCGAGAAUCCCCCGCCAAACCGAGGACACCAAGCAGUACAAGACGUGGUUUCAGCCUCUCUGAAUGAGCCCUUCAGUAGCUUGGAAGUGAACACAGAUGGUGGCAAGGAUGGACUCCAAAAGCCCGUCCAGAAACAACUGCUUCAAAGUCCUCAGGAAUUGUCACCUAUGAAGCAGACCCCAAAGCGCAAUCGCCGUGCCAACCAAGGAAACGAAGAUCGAGGAUAUGCCAGUAAGCAUGGCGCUGCAGCAAGUACCAACCCGAAGAGCAAGGGCUGGCGCCAGACUGCAUUUGUGGAGCCAGCGGGCCCUGCAUUCCAAGAUUCACCUGAGAUGGUUUCCCGACCUGGAGCAAAGCUCCGCAAGAAGAGAUCGCGCCGAUAUGCCGAGGAUCCCAGUGACUGGGCUACCGAGGAUGCGACUGACAUCCAGGAGCUUGGCGAAUUUGACUUCGAAAGCAACCUCUCUAAAUUCGAUAAGCGGACAGUGUUUGAGCAGAUUCGAAACGAUGACACCACCGCAGAUGAAGAACGUCUGGUUAGUUUCAACCGCAGAAUCAAACCUGGUACAAAUGGCGGGAAAAACCUACAUUGGACCGAGAAUGUGCUUGAUAGUCCCCAGAGCAGUGACUCAAACGGUGAAAUGGAAGGAAUGAGUGAAAUGAAGUUGAGCAAUGAUAACUUGCCCGGGCGGGAACGGUCAAGAGGAUCCUCGCAUAUCCAACCUUCUCGCAAGGACAGCGCUGGCCAGGCCGUGCCAAUGGUGCCGCAACUCAGUGCGCUUGGCCGCAGCCAACUCCAUGUUAAUAUUUCUCGUACCACGAGUCCCCGCCCAAGUCGAUCCUCAGCGUCACCUAUGAUUGCCCCAAAUGUUUCAGGUAUUGGUUCGCUCAGACUCACAACCACGAAUCGCAGCUGCCCGACUGUGAGUCCUCUCCAAACUCUAGAGAUCGAACAGAUUUCUGUGGCAGAGUUUGGAAUCGCCGAUGAGAUCAUAACUGAAAAUGCAGGCCGAGGUAUCGCGGAAGCUGCUGUGUCACUUCUUACUAACGAUGCGGCUGCACCCACCAUUCUGAUCAUCACCGGUAACCACCGCACUGGGGCUCGGGCUAUUGCCGCUGCUCGUCACCUCCGUAACCGCGGUCACCGUGUGACUAUGUGCUUGCUAGGUCUAGAGCACGAGGCUGAAUUACUGGAGAACUGCCGCAAGCAACUUGACAUCUUCCGCAAGAUCGGAGGACGGGUGCUCAAAUGGGAAGAACUGUCGGCUCGACUCGCUACCGCAGACCUGGGACCCGAUCUGGUCAUUGAUGCCUUGCUCGGUAUGCACCUUUCCUUCGACGACCUCCGUACGGACGACCAAGGUGUCGCCUUCGAAAUGAUUUCCUGGAUGAACCGAAGCAACGUCCACGUUCUUUCCGUAGACGUCCCAUCCGGACUGAACGCCUCAACUGGCGAAAUGACCCUAGCCGAAGGUGGUCGACUUUGCGUCAAUGCCACUUCCGUGGUAUGUCUGGGCGCCCCUAAGACCGGUGUCCUCAAUGCCCUCCUUUCAGGCGAAAGACCCUCCUGGAACGUUUCAGUUGCAGACAUUGGAAUUCCGCAGAUUGUCUGGAGAAAGUAUGGAACCCGCCGUCGACAUGGAAUCGAUUUUGGGAACAAGUGGGUGGUUCCCUUGAAGUUUCAAUCCCCGCUCCCUUAA